AUGGAACCAGCUACACACAGAGUCAGCAGUGUGAUUUCAACAGGGACUGCACCAAUGGAGCAGAUGAGAAGAACUGUGGUAAUUGUACAUUUGAUGGAAGCUCAGGACUUUGUGGCUGAUGCAAGCAAUGGAGUUGCCAACUCACGAGCAGCUCUGAGAGGACCCACUCUCCAACAAGCAGCUGAUACCUGUCAGAUGACAUUUUACUAUCAUAUGUAUGGCACUCGCAUUGGUCGAUUGUACGUCUAUGUGGUAACAGGAGGAGCACCCACACUCAUAGCUAACAUUUAUGGAAAUCAUGGCAACCAGUGGAAUAAGUACACUGUCAACAUUGGUCGCAGAACUGCUCCUUUCAACAUUGAGUUCCGAGCCUAUCGCAGCUACACUGUGAUUGGGGAUAUAGGAAUUGAUGAUGUGUCUUUUGUGAAUUGUGGACUUCCUCCAGUACAGAGUUCUUGUCCCUCCACCCAGUUCACUUGUCAGCGUGGAUCAUGUGUGGAUAUGUCCCGAGUCUGUGACUACACUGAUGACUGUGGAGACAACACUGAUGAAAUUGGACCAAAUGCUCACUGUGACCAACUCCCAGCUCGAUGUGACUUCUCCACCUCCCUUUGUGACUGGGUACAAGACCGAGGAGACAAAUUUGACUGGAGCCGAAGAAAUUCUCCCACUCCAUCAAGAGCAACUGGACCUACAAGAGACCACACCACAGGACUCAGAACUGGAGGGUUCAUCUACAUAGAGUCCUCCAGACCCAGAAGACGAGGGGAUAAUGCUGUACUUCUCAGUAGCAUGUAUAACACUGCUCAAACCCAAGACCAGUGCAAAGUUACUUUCUAUUACAACAUGAAUGGUCCUACCAUGGGAACUCUGAAUGUUUACACAAAGGACACCAAUAACCAUCUCAGUAAAGUGUUCACUGUUUCUGGAAAUCGUGGGGAUAUUUGGGUCAAGACCACUGUCAAUCUUGUCAGUCCAUACCCAUUCCAGGUUCUUCUAGAAGGAGUGGUAGGAAAUGGAUACUACAGUGAUAUUGCUAUUGAUGACACAGUCUUCAGUAAAGGAUGCAAGAAACUGAAUCAAACUUUCCCAACCUCAAUUACAAUUCCACCAACUGCUCCAACUGUUAACCCUUGUGGAAGUGGACAGUUCUCUUGUGCUGACCAGUCCACAUGUAUCCCAGCACAGAAAGUGUGUGACUGGAAUACUGACUGCACAGAUGGAUCAGAUGAAGCCACUUGUGGACCCUGUAACUUUGAGAAUGGAUUAUGUGGAUGGCGAGAUCUCAGCACUGGACGCUACAACUGGACCAGACACUCUGGCACACAGAACAGUGGAACUGCUGUAGGACCUGUUACUGACCAUAGCACCAACACAUCUGCUGGCCAUUAUGCAUAUGUGGAAGGAACUUUUGGAGUCUUCCUCAGUAAAGCUGUGCUUCAGAGUCCUGCCCUCCCACCCUCAGCAGAUACAUGUGAAAUGUACUUUUACUAUAACAUGAAUGGAAGAAAUGCAGGAAGCUUAAUUGUCAGUGCCCUAGUCAACAACACUAAAACGGCACUCUUUAGAAACAGUGGACCUCAUGGGUCAGCCUGGCAGAAAGGAACUGCUUACAUUGGCAAGUCUCUUGGAAAGACAACAGGCAAGUUUAGCAUAAUGUUUGAGGUUCUCCCAUCGAGAGGUUUCUCUCCUUCUGCAACUGAUGAUAUAGCUAUAGAUGACAUCACUUUUGCCAAUUGUUACCCACUUGCUCCACCUCCAAACUUGGUCUGUGAUUUCUCACAAAAUUUCUGUAACUGGAACCAGGCUCCUGAUGAUGACUUUGACUGGUCAAGGACAAAUGGAUCUACCAAGAGUCACCCAGACAUAGAGGUGAUGUGGCUAUCCUGGAUAGCAAUCCUCUGCCUCCCACUCCACCACAGGGCCAUUGUCUGA